AUGUUCAACGACGAUGAGGAGCCUAUCGUUCCUGCUUCGAAUGCAGGGAAGCAAGUGUGUGGCUUCAGCGACGUGGGGAAAGCGUCGGUGAAGCCGUACUACCCGAAGGAGGCACCCUUGGCAGCCAACACCGUGCGUGUGCUGCUGGACGUGAGCAGCUCAUCUUCCACGGCAGGAAGGGCGGCGCUGGACCUGGUCGUGGUGCUGGACGUCAGCGGCAGCAUGGGUGACUUCGGCAGGCUAGACAUGCUCUAG